CGUGGGUCCCGCGGGGCCGGGUGUGAGGCCGGUGCGGGGCCGGGUGAGCCCGGUGCGGGGCCGAGUCGUGUGUACCUCGCCAGCUGUGUAAUGAAUCCCAGUAUGAAGCAGAAACAAGAAGGAAUCCAAGAGAAUGGAAAGAACAGUCCUGUCCCGAGAAGAACUCUGAAGAUGAUUCAGCCUUCAGCAGCUGGAUCUCUUGUUGGAAGAGAAAAUGAGUUGACCAAAGGUGUAUCAAAAAGGAGACAUCGAAAUGACCAGUUAACUUCCAAGACUUGUAAGACUUCUGGUGAUGUUAUUGUCUCAGAACAGAAUGAAAACAAAAAUCUUGACGGAGUGACCCAGGAAGCAUUCGAUCUUAUGGUUAAAGAAAAUGCACCUUCUCAGUAUUGGAAAGAAGUGGCAGAAAAACGGAGGAAGGCUCUCUAUGAAACACUUAAGGAAAAUGAGAAACUUCAUAAAGAGAUUGAACAGAGGGACAAUGAAAUCGCCCGCUUGAAAAAGGAGAACAAAGAAUUGGCAGAAGUAGCCGAACAUGUUCAGUAUAUGGCACAGGUAAUAGAGACACUGAGCGGUAGAUCCCUGCAUGACCUUGAGUCACCCGACAGCCAGGAAUUUGAUUCUGAAGAGGAAGCUGGUGAGGAUUUUGAGCAGGAAGCUGCUGAGGAUUCUGAAGAGGAAGACUUAGAAACUGGCGUCUGUGCUGAAGAAGUAGUGAGCUCCUCCACAGAUGCAAACCCGGGCAUGUGAGGCUCAGGGCUGUGUGACUCUUGAGCAAUGUGCUGCCGAAGCUGAGCUCCGCUGUUCUUGAGAGCAGAGUAACUGCAUCCUGCACAUUCUGCAAGCUGUUGUUCAACUACUGCGACCCUACUGUAUGAAAAUACAAAUACUAUGUAUUUUUAAUGUGUGAUGUUUUAUUUAAAUAACAUUUUCUCAGUUCUCACACAAGACUUGUGUAUAUGAUAAAUAAAUAAACUUUAGACUUUAAAU